AGUAUAUAUCGACCCCGCAUACUUCCCACUGCCAAUGGGCUCGUCGUCAUCCAAUCCAGAUUUAUAUCCCGAGUCUGGUCUUCUCAGGCCCUUCGAAGGUCUCGUGCCCGCACCUGCAUGAGAAAGGAACCCUGAAAUCGGAUUGCUCAUGUGUUUGUGGCUAGACGACCCCGGUCUCGAUUUGGGCACCUGUGGUUUUCUCAGGGAAUGACAGACUUCCCUUCUUGAAUCCCGACAGUAUCGACGGAGUGAGAAUUUCUUAUCAUGGAGAUCGUACAUGCGCAGGUGGAACAGUAUCGUUUCAUCCUGGCGCCCCGGGGACUCCGCUGCCAGGGUGGUGACCCGCAGGUUCAUAUUUCCAUCCAGGGUGGUAUCGUCAUGUCUGACCAUGAGCCUUCUGGAUGAAGGGAACAAGUUGCCGAAACUUGGAGGAGUGGAAAGGGACUGCAUUCGAGGGGAUAACCUCACGCCUUUCCUCAACAACUUCAACUCGAGGUUCGGUCGUAGUUUCAUGCACCGAAGCAUCGCUCGAGACAUAUGUGUUAACCGAUUCUGCGCUGGUGGAGUUGUUGUUUGGAGGCUUAGCGCUGAGAUAUUCCCCUGCCGCUGCCGAGCCACCCGGUGCCAUUGCUGCUAUCAUACAAGAGUUUGUGUGUGGAUGUAUACGCGAGAUAAGACUGCGAACUAGGAGAGCGCCACGCCUGUCCUUGAAACGCCUCACCUCGAAAGCAUCAUCAACAUUAAGUAUCUAAACGAAGCUUGUCUUGGAUCAUGGAACUGUAAAGGUGGCCAAAUAUCGUCUGUGAGCUGUUGUAACGAUGUCCACAUGGAUAGAAUAACCAGAGCUAUCAACUAGGCUGGUAACAGAUAAAAUCCUUAAGAGCGAGCUCGACGACAGAGAACUGAGAACUUUGUAGCCAUGUUCUUCUAUUGUGACGUCUUUCUUCGGUGAAUAAUAGGAUGUGAAUGAGGUAGCAGAGGUGAGGCAAACUCGGGCAGCCUUAUGUAGGCAUUGGGCCAACGAAGCGCAGGAGCGAUAAGCAAUACGGUUGGCGACUAGGACACAGGCAUUCCCAUACCGAGUAGAAUGCCUAUGCCAGCUCUCCCCUUGGUCUAAGGGUGAUUGUGGCUAGUAGAAUCAGCCCUCGAGGAUGCCCGACGUCGUUUGAGUCUUUCGUUGACGUUGGAAGUUCGGCGGGUGUUUUUGAUUGUUUAAGGCCGUCCAUCACAUGACCGCAGGCGAGCCCCCUGCCCCGGGGUUACAUAGCCCCUUUUCCCCUUUCCCCCC